AUGGACAAAUAUACAGUUCUUGAAGUGCUUGAACAUAUAGCUGAUGGAAAUAUCUCAGAUGUUGACUUUAUGUGGAGUGAUGAGGAAAAUGGAGAUGGAAAUGCAGAUGAUGCUAGAUCUCCAACAAUUGGGGAGGACAGAGAUGAACCACCACCAGUAGUAGGGGAAGAAAUUGAGAUUGAGGCAGAGGAAAGUCAGAAUCAAGAAGACAGUGAAGAUUAUGAGCAUGAGCACAGUGAAGAUUAUGAGCAUGAGCAUGAGGCAGAUGUAGAACCAAGAAUCCAGGCUCCCAACCACAAGCUUUUUUUUGACAACUACUUCACCACCUACAAUGUUUUUGAAGAUUUUGCAGAAAAGAAAAUCCUUGCUGCUGGAACAGCAAGGCUUUUCCGCUUUGCAAAUCCACCACUGAAGACAGACAAGGAAAUGUAUAAGAAAACGCGGGGAAACCAUGAGGAAGUUAGAAGUAGGGAUGGAAAAGUUGUUCUAGUGAAGUGGUUUGAUAACCGCUCUGUUAUGCUGGCCUCCAACUUUGUUGGUGUUGGAAAUGAAGACGAAGUUGAGAGGUGGGAUAAGAAAGAGAAGCAGUUUGUGAAGGUCAAGCGUCCAGAGGUUGUGAAGAAAUACAACAAGGGCAUGGGAGGGGUGGGCAAGCUAGAUCAGCUAAUCAGCCUUUACAGGAUUGAUAUCAAGUCCCUGAACAGCUGGCUUGAGUUUCGCAGGGACAAUGAGUACAAAGGAACUCAGCCACAGAAAAUCAUGGAUCUUCUUGAAUUCAAAAUGAAUGUGGCCGAAGUGCCUGUGCGUUCUGGGAAGCCACAGGGAUGUAAAGAAGAAGAGUUUUCUUGGUCCAACUACCUAAAAAUCACAAGAUCAGAAGCUGCACCGAAAGAGUUGUUCUGUAGCUCAGUCAAACCAGAGACAGACUGUGGGUUUGAGGUAGGGAUGAAGCUGGAGGCCGUGGUCCGGAUGAACCCCUCUCUCAUCUGUGUUGCCACGGUAACAGACAAAGUGGGCAAACGUUUCCUAGUUCAUUUUGAUAACUGGGAUGACACGUAUGACUACUGGUGAGUGGAUGCUCACAGCCCAUACAUUCAUCCCAUCGGCUGGUGUCAGGAGAGGGGCCUGCCACUGACGCCUCUUCAGGACUAUCCGGACCCUGACAGGUUCUCAUGGGAGAGGUAUCUGGAGGAGACGGGCUCGACGGCGGUCGCUCCUGAAGCCUUCACAGUGCGUCCCUCCCACAGCUUCCAGGUGCAGAAGAAGCUGGAGGCGGUGGAUAAAAGGUGUCCGGGCCUGAUCCGCGUGGCUACGGUGCUGGAGGUCGACAAUUACAGAAUCAAGAUUCAUUUUGAUGGCUGGAGUCACUUGUAUGAUGAGUGGAUGGAUUCGGAUCAUCCGGACAUCCACCCUGCGGGAUGGUGUGAAGGCACAGGACACCCCCUCAAACCUCCACCCUGCCAGAAACCUGGUCCCCAGGAGAGCCUGACGACCCAGCAGCCCAGCUUCUCCUCUAUGCCUCAGCCACGCAGCACCUCCAAAUACAGCUUCCACCACAGAAAGUGCCCUACUCCGGGAUGUGAUGGGUCAGGUCAUGUGACCGGCCGCUUCACUGCUCAUCACUGUUUGUCUGGCUGCCCAUUGGCUGAGAGGAACCAGGGCCAGUUUAAAGCGGAUCUCUCUGAUACAGAGGGAUCCAGACGUAACCAGCUGGUCUUCGGCCAGAGAGCAAAGAAAUCUCGCUACCAUGGCAGGAUUGGUCGCCCCCCUAAAUAUCGCAAAAGAAAUUGUCAGACGUGACGACUGUGUGUGUGUGUUUCAGAGGGAAUGUACUCGUCUCUCUUCAUGAAAGCGUUUACAGCGAGUUCGGACCGGACUCUGUCUCUCUGCUGGGAGCAGCACUGUAAAUUACUGCCCGGCGUCGCAGGACUUCAUGCAGCUCAAGUAUCUUCCUGGACUAUAGAGGAGGUCUUUGGAUUCGUCAUACUCAAUAGUCUUAUUGGCUGUGAAGAGCAGUCCCGAAUUUUAAAAGAUGAAGUAAGUAAUUAG